CAAGAAAAACCCCAAAUCCCCUCGCAAACCCAUUCCAUAUUUAUUUGAUUAUUUCCUUCUUCCGCUCUCACUCUGCAGCACCACAUGAUGCAUCUCCUCGCCACCUUCUCUCUCAUAUCUCCCCAUUCUCCUCCACCACCUCCCAUCCUUUGGUCCUCCCGGUCCUUUUCAAACCUCUUCUCCGUUAUAGCUUCUAUUAUAAAUAGCCACCAAAGAUUCGAACUUCCCCUUCUCCAGCUCUACCGCAUCUCAAGGCGUCGCGUUCGCAUUCGAUGAUCGAUGCCCUUAGGUUCUAUAUUUACAUGUUAGUUCUCCUUAUCCCUCGAAAGUUAGCUUCUUGAUUGAUUGAUUCGACGUGGCGUUCCUUUAGGGUCGCAAAUUUGUCUCCUUUAGUUUUUUUGGGGGAGGAGCAGCGAAGUUCGCGGGAGAGAGAGAAAUGGAUGGCAGUCUUGGCAGAGGGUUAAUUUCCAGGAGCAGAGUGAGAUAGAGAAGAUGAGAGGGAUUGGAUUGUGAUCUGGUGUCGCUUUGGUGGCCGCUGGGAUUGACAGUACCGGGCCGCCGGCUUGAUUUAUCGGUGAACGUCGGUAACAUGGCCUCGGCUUCAACUAAUGGGGAGAUCCCAAAGGGUAACAUGUGGGAUCUUGACCAGAAGCUAGAUCAACCCAUGGAUGAAGAGGCUGGAAGGAUACGGAGCAUGUACAGGGAGAAGAAAUCAUCAUCAUUGGUAAUUUUGCAGCUUGCAUUCCAGAGUUUAGGUGUGGCGUUUGGUGACCUCGGUACAUCGCCUUUGUAUGUUUUCUACAACACAUUUCCCCAUGAAUUGAAGCAUGAAGAUGAUGUAGUUGGGGCUCUUUCUCUGAUUAUAUACUCGCUUACUUUCAUUGCACUCCUCAAAUAUGUAGUGGUGGUAUUGAGGGCUAAUGAUAAUGGCCAAGGUGGAACCUUUGCUCUUUACUCACUACUCUGCAGACAUGCAAACAUAAAAACCAUAGCAAACCAGCAUCACACAGACGAAGAGUUAACAACAUAUAGCCGUUGGACUUUUGAGGAGCACUCACUUGCUGGAAAGGUCAAGUGCUGGCUGGAAUCUUAUGCAAUUAAUAAGAAUGUGAUUCUUUUUCUUGUCCUUAUUGGAACAUGUAUGAUGAUCGGGGAUGGAAUUCUUACUCCAGCUAUAUCAGUUCUUUCAGCAGCUGGUGGGAUCAAAUUGGACCACCCCAAGAUAAGUAAUGAUGUGGUCAUACUUGUUGCUGUUGUCAUCUUGGUUGGAUUGUUCAGCCUGCAACAUUAUGGAAUUGAUCGAGUUUCUUGGCUUUUUGCUACCAUCGUAUUCUUAUGGUUCAUAAUAAUCGGAUCAAUUGGUGCUUUUAACAUAUGGAAAUAUGACAGUUCUGUUCUCAAGGCUUUCUCACCCGUAUUUAUAUUCCAUUUCCUUAAAAGAGGGUCCCAUAGUUGGGCUUCCCUGGGAGGGAUUAUGCUUAGUAUUACAGGAAUUGAAGCAUUGUUCGCAGACCUUUGUCAUUUUCCUGUACUUGCUAUACAGCUUGCAUUUACUCUGCUUGUUUUUCCUUGCCUUCUCUUAGCUUAUAGUGGACAAGCAGCUUACAUUAUGCAGAACCCAGGCCAUGUAUCUGAUGCUUUCUAUCGUUCUAUUCCAGUGUUUAUUGUUGCAACAGCAGCAGCUAUAAUUGCUAGUCAAGCCACCAUAUCAGCAACAUUUUCUAUCAUCAAGCAGGCUGUUGCACUUGGUUGUUUUCCUAGAGUGAAGAUUGUUCAUACAUCAAAGAAGUUUUUUGGUCAGAUAUACAUUCCGUCUAUUAAUUGGGUCCUCAUGGUUCUCUGCAUUGCGGUGACUGCUGGAUUCAAAAACAAAACUCAAAUUGGAUUAGCUUAUGGAACUGCAGUUGUGAUAGAUAUGAUGGUGACCACACUACUCAUGAUCCUUAUCAUGUUGAUGGUAUGGAGAAGCAACUGGGUUCUUGUGUUUUCCUUUGCCAGCCUUUCUCUGACAGUGGAGCUCACAUAUUUCUCCUCUGUAAUUCUGAAAGUCGACCAAGGUGGAUGGGUACCUCUUGUUGUGGCUGCAACUUUACUUAUUAUCAUGUAUGUUUGGCAUUAUGGGACCAUGAAGCGCUACGAAUUUGAAAAGCAUAGCAAAGUAUCAGUGGCAUGGAUACUUGGCCUAGGCCCCAAUCUUGGCCUUGUUCGUGUCCCCGGUAUCGGCUUCGUAUAUACCGAACUGGCCAGUGGCGUGCCUCACAUCUUCUCACACCUUAUUACAAAUCUUCCUGCAAUCCAUUCUGUUGUGCUCUUUGUAUGUGUCAAGUUUCUUCCAGUUUAUACUGUUCCAGUGGAGGAAAGAGUCCUUGUAAGAAGGAUUGGCCCCAAGAACUUCCACAUGUUCCGAUGUAUCGUGAGAUAUGGUUACAAGGAUCUUCAUAAGAAAGAUGAUGACUUCGAGAUGAUGCUCUUUGAUAGCAUCUCCAUCUUUGUUCGGCUUGAAUCAAAAAUGGACUGUUCAGAUUCUGAUGAGUUUAGCCUUGAUAUGGGGCAACAGAACACCUCCAAAUCUAUCACCCUUAAUACAACUGAAGAUGUGGAGUCUUUCACUGCAGAUUCAAUUGUUGAGAUCACAGAUUCAUCGAUUUUGGAUUCUGUAGAUCAAUAUAACAACGAUGUGAAAGCAAUGACAAGCCACAAUGGAGAAGAAGAUGAACUGGCUUUCUUGAACCGGUGUCGGGAUGCCGGUGUGGUGCACAUCCUGGGAAACACAACUACAAAGGCUAGGAGGGAUUCUGGAUUCUUGAAGAGGGUUGCAAUUGACUACAUUUAUGCAUUUCUCAGGAAGAUCUGUGCGGAGAACAUUGCAAUGCUCCAUGUUCCUCAUGAGAGCACGCUGAAGGUAGGCCAGGUAUUCUAUGUGUAGUCUAGCCAGGUCUUCAAAUGAGAGGAUUUGUACCGUUAAAACUUUUGCCUCCAGUUUUCAAAAUAAUCAGCAAGUGUUAGUCUUUGGAGUUGUAGCUGAAGGGCUGAAGAGAAGAAAAUGGAAUAUUUUGAUGAAGCAUAUUCUUGAAAUACUGAGCAGCUUUGUUGUAUAGACGGCAGUGUAGGACCAUAACACCACUGGUAUAUGUUAAAUUCUUCACAGAUUUCGUGACAUCAAA